AUGGAGCACUCCAAACCCACCGAGAUGCUAACCGACUUUUUAAAUUCUAAUAUUUAUCGGUUUGAAGAUUCCAUCGCUUUUUUCAUCGACCCGGUUCGCGUGCUCAACCGCUCCUACACCCGGUUUAGGGUUUCACCUUCUGCUUACUAGUGUCCGCCAGAGCUGGGCGCUGCUUCGAAUCCCAGAAAGUGAAAGCGGAAAGAGAAGAAGAAGCCACUGAAUCUCAACGACAGAAAACAAGUCGCUGAUCAGCGCCACCAGGAAGUGAGAGCUUUUUUAGUGAAGGCUCAUGAGGUGUUGGAGGUUAUGAGCAAUUUGAGAGGUUCUGAAGCUUCGUCUCCAGGUGUUGAUCAGUCCUUUGUUGAACUCGGACAGCUAUGGCAGGCUCCGCUCUACGACAUUAGUCUAAAUUUCCAAUCAAAUUACAAAACUGGUGAAGAUGGAGUUGUUAAUGAGAGCAGUAAUGAUGCAGAGGCUGAAGUUUUGAACUGUCGAUAUAUUUUGCCUCCAAAGAGUUCCUUUUACAUGUCAGAUAUGGGGCAGAUUCACAAUCUAAUUCCUGCUGAGUCUAAUUGUGGCUUCAGUGUUAUAGUUGUUGAUCCUCCAUGGGAGAAUGGCAGCGCUCGGCAGAAGUCAAGGUACAAAACUUUACCCAACCGUUAUUUCUUAUCCAUUCCAAUCAAGCAACUUUGUCACACAGAUGGAUCCCUUGUCGCCUUAUGGGUAACAAAUAGAGAGAAGUUGCGUGAUUUUGUUGAGAAAGAGCUCUUUCCUGCUUGGGGAGUCACACAUGUUGCUACUUUUUUCUGGUUGAAGGUGAAAGCUGAUGGUUCCUUGAUCAGUGAUUUAGACCUCUUUCAUCAUAGGCCAUACGAGUGCCUUCUUGUGGGUGUCUGUCAUGGGAAGUUAGCUUUAUACCACACCAGCAAACCUCGUUCUAAGCCCCCAAUUGGAGGAUUGCUACAGGACUUUGCUCCGAGGCUCAAUGGUGGUCAAUGCAUUGAACUAUUUGCUAGAGAAAUGACAGCCGGGUGGGUUUCUUGGGGGAAUGAACCCCUUCAUUUUCAGGAAUCCAGGAAUUUUGUAACCAAAUAGAGCAGCUAGUAUCACUGUGUUAUAAUUGGACAAUGUACUUUUCGCUAACCUUCUUACCACUGA